UAGGAAAUCCAAAAUGGAGGAUAAUCUCGAGCUUUUGAUUGAUCGAGCUACAGAUCAAACUAAAAACCACGACACUUCGGACCAUUUUGUAGCCGUCUGGGACCGAAUUAACAAAGAAACCGAUGGGCCUCAAGUAGCACUUCGGUACCUGAUACAGAAAGUACGAAGCGUGAACGAAAGGGAAUCGCUGUGUUCUUUAGAGCUUAUAGAAGCCUGUGUCAAAAACUGUGGCUCCAGAUUCCACCAAGAGAUUGGAAAAUUCAAAUUCCUGAAUGAACUUGUUAAGUUGCUUUCUACGAAAUAUGAUGGUGGGUGGACCCCAGCCUCAGUCAAAGCACGUAUCAUAGAGUUACUCUACAGCUGGACUAAGGGUUUACCCAGAGAAACCAAGAUCCUUGAUGCUUACAAGAUGUUGAAAAAUCAGGGUUUAAUCACUAGUGAUCCAGUUGAUCCCUACAAGUCUAUAUAUCCCAAGGAAAUGCAGCAUCCAAAGAAUACCAUUUUUGACGAUGAAGAAAAAUCCAAGCUUUUGGCAAGAUUACUGAAGAGUAAGCAUCCUGAAGAUUUACAAGCAGCUAAUCGCCUUAUCAAGACAAUGGUUAGACAGGAUGAAAUUAAAACCGAAAAAAUAGUAAAACGAAACAUGGAUAUAGAGCAAAGUGUUAACAAUGCACGGCUGCUGUCAGAAAUGUUAAGUCAUUAUCAACCCUCUUCACCAUCACAGGACAAAGAACUGAUGAAAGAGCUCUUUUCUUCAUGUGAGAAGAUGAGACCAUCAUUGUUCCGACUGGCUAGUGCGGCAACAGAAGAAGGGGAUGGAGGAUUAGGUGAGAUAUUGAAAGCAAAUGAUGAGCUAACAAAAGCAAUAGAUGAAUACAGGCGGAAAAUUGGGACAGAAAGUGGUGGUAAAGCAACACCAGCUUCCCCAGCAGCAACACCAGCCUCUUCUACAGCUACUUCAGCCUCUUCUGCAGCUACUCCAGAGCCAAUAGAUACAACUGCUUCAUCUCUUAUUGACUUAGGACAGCACCAAGAAAAUAAUGGUGUUGUUGAUACUAAUUCUUCUGUGCUUGAUGAUGAACUUAAAGCUUUAGGUAUUCAUGAUACACCAAAUACUAUGGCUUCACAACCAACAACCAUAGCUACCUCAGAUAUUACAGCUUUAUCUUGGGGAAGUUCCCAGUCAGCACAGAGUUUUGUUGCUCAAACUCAAGCUGGUACAAACAAUGUAGGUAUGGUAAGACCAAUGGGUUAUCCUGGAACAACUGUUUCUGGUCCAAUGAAUCCAGUGAAUCUUCCUGGUCAACAAUUUACAAGAACACCAAUGAACCAAUCAUAUAGUAUGCAGCCUGGUAUGGGGAUUUCAAUGGUGGGCCCUGGAGGUCAAAGAAUUAUGCAAGGGAUGAAUCCAGGAAUUCGUCCCUUGGGGGCGAUGGCAGGAACACCAAUGUCUGGGUAUGCUCCACCUCGUGGGCCACCGCCAGCCAAUAAGAGAGGACCUGAAGCUCUAAAGAAGCCUACAUCUUCACUUGAUGUCCUUGGACUGGAUAUGUUACAAGAUCAGAAGCUGCAACAGAAACAAAAGCAGCCGGUGUCACCAUUACCACAAAGCACAGACCAAACUCUCUUAUCACUAUCAUCAGUAUCCUCAGCUGUCAAUCAAUGUCAACCGCCUGAAAGACCCUUGGAACAAAAUACACCAGCCAAUAAUGAUUCUUCAAGCACAGAUACUCUUUUGUCUCUGGGCACAGACACUGGAGCAGAUCUCUUAACCACACCAAUAACUCGUGUCUCCUCAGAACCAGAGCCAUUGGACAAUGUGUUUAUUCCGCUGGAUUCUGUUUUACCAGGAAAUCAUCAACCCUUAACAGUACUUGAUAAAAAUGGACUCAAGAUGGUUUUCCAUUUUGCAAAGACCACUGCAAAGCUUUCACGCACAGAUGUGGCCAUCGUGGUCAUCUCAAUAAUGAGUACUCGAAGCACAGCAAUAAGUAACUUUGUUUUGCAAGCUGCUGUUCCAAGGGCUAUGAAAGUCAGGUUACAGCCUCCAUCAGGCACUGAUCUCCCAGCUCAUAACCCAAUUCUCCCUGCUGCAGCAAUAACCCAAGUGAUGCUGAUAGCCAAUCCAAAUAAGGAAACGAUCAGAUUAAAAUACAGAGCUACCUACGAAACAGAUGGAACAACGUCAGUGGAAGCUGGAGAAGUUACCUCUUUCCCAUCUUUAUGAGACCUUCCUGGAAUAAACUAACAUGCAAAUCAGUUACAAUCAAUGUAAUGUUAAACCGUGUGGGAUAGUAGUCAGCCUUCUCCUUUGUCUAGAAAUAUUCCAUAUUUACCUUAAUUUAAGUUUUCUUGUAGAGUAUAGUUUCAACUUUUUUUCCGUUUAGUAAUUCUUUAUUUUAAAUUUUAUCAUCGCUGCCAUGGGUGAGACACAAGAACAGCAUCCCAGAUGCCAUUGACAAAUGGUUGGCUGAUUGACGGAAGUUUAUCAGCCUUUUCGCAUUUAUCAUUUGUUUGUUAGUCAACUGUUUGAUGGAAAUUUGAAAGGACGCCAAUAGUUGGCUGCUUGGCAUCUUGUGUUUUACCACAGCCAUGUUGGUGGUAUCUUACAAGAGUUUACUUAACAGUAUUAAUUGUCAAUACUACAAGCAUGGAUGCUAUGCCUUUCACUUUUAACUCUCUUGGAAAUGAUUGAAACCAUUAAUACAAUGUUGUUGAUGUCGAUAAAUAGAUAGGAACUUUGUUUCAAGAGGUGCUGCACUUAAUUCCAUAUUUAAGAAUUGGUUGACACUCUAGCUUGCAUUCAUUGAAUUACAGAUGCAUACAGAAAGCUUCUAAGCACAGCAGAAAAUUUAUAGUUGAGAGGCAUGUUGAUUCUGAUUCUAGCUUAUUUGCCUUUAAACCCUUCCAGUAUUUCAAGUAAUUUAUCCAUUAACGAUACUCGGUGUAAUCUAAGCUUUGUAUUCAAAGUGAUUACUAUUAUACUAUUACGCUCAACAUAAUUACUUGAUUCUGAUUGGACAAGAGGAGUACAAUUAAAUCCCAAUUAAUUUGCUCAAUUUUGUUGAGGGUAUCAUAAACAAAAAUUUGCACAAUCUUCUCAUCCAAUUCGGAAUUUAUAGAUACUCCUGAUGUUUUCAAAGUUUUCAAAUUUGACUUGGUGAUGUUUUGAAAAUUUUCAAAUUUGGACAAGCCUUUAGGCAGCCUAAAGGCUUGUCCAAUUUUGAAAAUUUUCAAAACACCACUUGUACCUAUAAAUUCGGCAUUGUACUUGAGAUCGCGUGAUUUCCUAUAUUAAUAAUAAAUCUGUCAAUGAAAAUAAUAGAACAAUAAAUGCACUGUAAUAUUUAAAUUCCAUGAUGAAUAAUAUUAUCCAUUCUACUUAUGGCUAAUAAGAAUCCACAUGGAUUUUUUAUUCAAAACAAGAGUGAACCAACAGUAAGUUAACCAUUGUCAUGCCCAAUUAUGUUUUUCAGUCAUUUUACAAGAUAACACUCCAUACAAUUUACCCCUGUGUUAAUCGAAUUUAGACUUAAAACUCCUGCAAUAUAUCAAUGAUUAUGAAAAAAGUUGCAUAACAUGUUCGCUAAGGUCUUACAAAAUUUCAGCUUUGGUCUAACUGGUCUGUUUGUUUUCUUUAUAUUAAUUUCCUGUAGGAACUGACAUUUAGUUAUCAGUGAAAUUGGCCUUUCUUUUCUCCACAAAUGCUGACAUUCCUUCUUUUCUGUCAUCC